AUGUCGAAGAUAUCAGCCAUUCUGAAAGCAAGAAAGGGGCAAUUGAAAGGUAAAAAAGAUGGUAAAAUAAAGAAAACUCCUUCCAAGCCUGCCAAUUCUACAGGAACCCAUAAAAAUUCAGAUCCUAAAAAUGGUCUGCAGAAUGAGGUGAAGGAGUUGUUGGACAAGUCCCAAAAUGAAACUCCCGGUUCUGAGGAUGAAAAUGCGACCAUGGACGAUUUUUUGAACGGUGAUUUCGAGGAAUCUGAUUUGGACAAAUCCGCUACUCCUGAGAAAAACACAGAGCCUUUAGAAGAACGUCAGGAAAAUGAAAAGAAACCAUCUCAACUAAAAAAGAAUAGAAAAGCGAAAGCCGUUCAGAAAGAAGAGGAAAGCAGCUCUUCCGACGAAGAAGAAGUGGACGCUGAGCAAUAUCGAGAGCAACUUGAUUCAUUGAAGGAGAAAGAUCCCGACUUUUACAAUUAUUUACAGAAAAAUGAUAGCGAUCUCUUGGAUUUCAAUGCAGAUGAAGUAACUCAAGACGAUGAGCCUGAGGGAGGCAAACGGAAUAAUGAAGGAAAAACAGAGAUUACUAUGGAUAUGCUGAGUAAAUGGCGGGAUAAUUUGAGUAACCAGAAGUCUUUGACAACUUUACAAAAGGUGGUUCAAGCGUUUAAGGCCGCAGCUUAUUUGAAUGAGGAAGAAGGAAUGAACUUAAAGUAUUCAAUAACAGAUUCUAGGGUAUUUAACGACUUAAUGUUGUUGGCUAUUCAAUCUGUUCCUCGUGUGCUUAAUCAUCAUAUUCCCCUGCAAACGGAAAAAAAUGGCAGAAAGGUUGUAAACACCGACAAUAGGGUUUUAUCUCGUCUCAGUCCUAUAUUAAAGUCCUAUGGCUUCUCUAUCUUGCGAUUAUUGGAAGGAAUGACUGACGCUAAAAACAUUUCCUUGCUACUUCGCGAAACGCAAAAUGUGGUUCCCUAUAUGAUUACAUAUCGAAAAUUUUUGAAACAAUUUGUCGAAGCUGUCGUUGAAGUCUGGAGCACCAACCGCGAUGAUACUGUUAGAGUUUCGUGCGUUUUUGUUUUACGAAGUGUUUGCUUGACAGCAGAUCUAACUUUGUUGGAGUUUGCCUUCAAACAUAUGUAUUUAACCAUGAUUCGCAUUAGCUCUUAUACAACUGUUCACACUUUAGCGGCUAUCAAUUUUAUGAAAAAUAGUUCCGCAGAUAUAUUUUUGUUAAAUCCAGAAAGCUGUUACUUGGUUACCUUUCGAUAUAUUCGACAACUUGCUAUUACCCUCAGAAAUACAAUUCACCAGCCAAAGCCAGAGACAAGGAAACUUAUACAAAGCUGGUCAUAUGUGCAUGCAAUUGACUUUUGGUCUCGAUUGUUAAGUCGAGCCACUUGGUUGAGCCGCGAAAAAGGAGUCGCAGUGGAAAUGCAAUCUUUGGUAUAUCCUUUAGUACAGAUUACGUUGGGAGCGAUUACGACAUCUCCCUCAUCUCAACUGUACCCCAUGAGAUUCCACCUUUCACGAAGUCUCAUUUACCUGUCUAGACAUACCGGUGUUUUUAUUCCAAUGGCUCCUGUUUUGUUUGAUGUCUUGGAUUCCCCGGAACUCUCAAGAAAGCCUAAGCCUAGUACAUUCAAACCUUUGGAUUGGGAAGUUGAAAUUCGUGCACCAACUGCGUACUUGAGGACACGCGUUUAUCAAGACGGUAUAACUAAUCAGUUGUUGGAAUUGUUGGGAGAGUACUAUGUUUUAUAUGCUACAAACAUUGCUUUCCCCGAGUUUGUUAUACCCGCAAUUGUUCGUGCUAAGCGUUUUGCAAAGAAAAGUAGGAAUGUCAAGCUUAAUCGCUCUCUUUUGGCCUUGGUUCAGAAGUUUGAGCAGCAAAGUGAAUUUGUCUUAACUCAUCGUGCUCAACAAAAAGUUAGUCCUGCUAAUCUCGAAUCACUCGAUGCCUUCUUAGCAAAUGAGGAAUGGGAAAAGACAUCUUUAGGUGCUUACGUCGUCGCGCAACGUGAAAUUCGUGAAGAACAGCGCAGACUUUUACGUGAAGCAAUUUUGGAAGACCAAAAUCAUAAGGAAAACAUGCGUUUGAAGAAAAAAGGCGCUUUGAAGAAUGGUGAUGACGAGCUCAGUUCCGAAGGUGACGAAGAGCUUGAAUAA